AUGGAUGACAUAGUGGUAUGGGGAAGCACUCAAGAAGAGCAUGACGAUCGUCUGAGAAAAGUUCUAGACAUCGCACAAAAAUCAAACCUGAAACUCAAUCGAGACAAGUGUGAGUUCAAUGUGAACCAGAUGACUUUCAUUGGUGACUUGAUCAGCCAAGAUGGAGUCAGACCAGAUCCUAAAAAGGUGGCUGCCAUCAGAAACAUGGCAAGACCAACCUGUAAACAGGACAUACAAAGGUUCUUGGGGAUGAUAAACUACCAAGCAAAAUUCAUUCCAAACCUAUCAACAAGGUCAGCACCUCUACGUAUUUUGCUUGACAAGAAGGUAGAGUGGAUGUGGGAAAAUGAACAAGAAAAAGCAUGGUGCGAGUUGAAAGAAGCUCUAAUGAGUCAACCAGUGCUUCAUUUCUAUGACUGCACAAAACCCACAAAGAUAUCAGCUGAUGCUUCAAAAAAUGGACUAGGAGCAGUUCUCCUACAGCAACAUGAACAAAAUUGGCAUCCAAUAGCUUACGCAUCAAGAGCUAUGACGGAUGCAGAAACACGUUACGCUCAGAUAGAAAAAGAACUCUUAGCUAUGACUUACGGAUGUGAAAAAUUUCAUCAAUAUAUCUAUGGUCAAAAGAUAGAAGUUGAAACAGAUCACAAGCCACUUAUCCCAUUGUUUGUUAAGUCAUUGGCAGAUUGUCCUUUACGCAUUCAAAGAUUACUAAUCAGAGUACAGAGAUAUGAUCUCAAAGUGUCAUAUACACCUGGAAAGUACAUGUUCACUGCUGAUACACUGUCACGAGCAGUAGAUCCAAAAGCAGAAUUGAAUGUUGAAACUGAAGAAGAUAUCAGAGUCUAUGUAUAUAUGAUAGUACAAGCAAUGCCAGUAACAUCAAACAAAAGACAAGAAAUUGUUGAAGAGACCAAAAAAGAUGUAGAGCUUCAAGAGUUGCUAGCCACCAUCAGAAAUGGUUGGCCAGAAAGUAAGCAACAAUGUCCAGCAAGAAUAAAACAGUACUGGAACAUUCGAAGUGAACUCUCUGAAGCAGAUGGAAUCAUAUUCAAAGGUUCUAAAAUAGUAAUUCCAACUUCCAUGAGACAAUACAUACUAAACCAAGUACACGAAGGUCACUUAGGCAUUGAGAAAUGUAAGAAACGUGCUAGGGAAGUAAUCUAUUGGCCAAGAAUCAAUGCAGACAUCACUGAAAUGGUCCAAAAUUGUACUUCAUGCCUAAUGUACAAACCAAAACAACAGGCUGAAAGCCUAAAUCCUCAUGCAGUGCCUAAUCGUCCUUGGGAAAAAAUUGCCGUAGAUCUAUUCACUUUGAACAAAAGAGAAUAUAUGGUCGUCGUCGACUACUACUCACAAUUCAUUGAAGUAUGUACUUUGACUUCAACUACAAGCAAGGCCGUGAUUAAUCACAUGAAAGCAAUAUUUGCUCGUCAUGGUACACCAUGUGAACUGAUGUCGGAUAAUGGUCCUCAAUUUGCAAGCCAAGAAUUCAAAAGCUUUGCAAAAGAAUGGGAUUUUCACCAUACCACAUCGAGUCCACAUUAUCCACAAUCAAAUGGCCUCGCAGAAAAUGCUGUGAAGAUUGUCAAAAAUCUCAUACUGAAGUCACAACACAGUGGACAAGAUAUCCACAGAGCUUUACAAGUCUAUCGAAGUUCACCAAUAGCAUGCGGAAAAUCUCCAGCAGAACUUCUGUACAAUCGUCAGAUUAGGUCAAACCUUCCAUGCUUGACACUUUGCUCAAUAACCAACAGAUUGAUACUAAAUCUGUGA